GCCGUGCCAGAAGACUCCUGUUUAGAUCCAUCAGUGUAUAUAACUUGUGAUAACUUAUUACUACUAGCUAUGCGAGAAAUUUCUUCUUGAGCAGUUGCUUUAACAAGUGAUUUAAGGAAGAGAUUACUAGUAAUGAGCUUCAUGGGAGGGACUUGCAGUGGAUGGAGUCUCGGAGCUUGAUUAUCCUGUACGGGAGUGAAACAGGAACAGCACAAGAAGUGGCUGAAAGAAUUGGGAGGGAGUGCCGUCGCUACUACUUCCUUCCAGUAGUAUCUGCCAUGGAUGACUUUCCUGUUGAUCAGUUAGCCAAGAGUCCACUGGUAGUGUUUGUUGUCUCUACUACAGGCCAAGGUGAUGAUCCAUCUAACAUGAAAAACUUCUUCACAACUCUCUGGUCACAAAGAAAGAAUAGACAACUGCUGGUUGACCUUAAGUUUGGUGUUCUUGGUCUGGGUGAUUCUUCAUAUCAGAAAUUUAAUUAUGCUGCUAAAAGACUGAAUAAUUUGCUUGCAUAUUUAGGUGGUCAACCUAUUCUGAAGAUGGGUCUUGGUGAUGACCAACAUGAUCUAGGCCCAGACUUUGUCAUAGACCCUUGGUUGAACAAUUGGUGGAAUAAAGUUUUGGAACUAUUCCCUUUACCAGCAGGAAGAGAACCUCUGAACACUAGUGUGCUCCUACCAUCCAAAUAUAAGACAAGAUUUGUAGAGUCAAGUGAUGGGAGUGACUGUCUGAUUCAAGAGAGGUGCUUAGCAGAGUCUCAGAAUAGAGUUUGUGCAAGCACUAUGUAUCUUGCAGAAGUAACAUUAAACAAGAGACUGACUUCUCCACAACACUUUCAAGAUGUCAGACUUGUAGAAUUUGAUGUAACCUGUAUCAAAGAGAAGCAGAAGCCAGGCGAUGUUCUUAUGGUGCAACCCCAAAACUUAGAAAAUCAUGUUGAUGAGUUUAUGAAUAUUCUUGGGCUAAAUCCAGAGCAGGUGUUUUACUUAGAGUGUAAUGAUCCCAAUGCUCCAUUACCUCCUAUCUCCAUACUACCCAGGCCUUGCACAGUGAGGCAAUGUGUACAAAAAUACUUUGAUAUCCAAGCCAUUCCUAAAAGGCACUUUUUUGAACUUUUGGCAUUUUUUACAAAGGAUGAAACAGAGAGAGAAAAGUUUCAAGAAUUUGCUUCAGCAGAGGGGCAAGAAGGUCUUUAUGAUUACUGCCACCGACCCAAGAGAAGUAUAAUGGAAGUAUUGGAUGACUUUCCUCACACCAAGAAUAAUAUUCCCUUUGACUACUUAUUUGAUUUAGUUCCUGCAAUAAAAGCUAGAUCAUAUUCUAUUGCAUCUUCUAGCCUUGCAAUACCAAAUAAAGUCCAGCUUCUGGUUGCAGUUGUUCAGUAUCAGACUAUUCUGAAGCGACCAAGACUGGGACUGUGUACAAACUGGCUAGCUAGACAGUGUGUAGGAAAGUUAGUACCUGUCUGGAUUAAAUCUGGAACAUUAACCUUUCCCUCUCUCACCGAGGUCAUUCCACCAGUUGUGAUGAUUGGUCCUGGGACGGGAUGUGCGCCUUUCCGUGCAUACAUACAAGAGAGAGUAGCAAGCGGCCACCACCAGAGUUUAGUUCUUAUUUUUGGGUGUAGAAAUAAGAAUAAAGACUUUUUCUUUAAGAAGGAGUGGGAAAUGUUAGUGGAAGAGAAGAAACUGAAGCUGUAUUGUGCUUUCUCUCGGGACCAAGAGGAGAAAGUGUAUGUGCAACAUAAGAUGAAAGAGCAUGCUGCUGAACUGUGGACUCUGAUAGCAAACCCCCAGACAAGGAUUUAUUUUGCUGGUAAUGCUAAGAGGGUGCCAAUUGAUGUGUAUGAAGCCCUCACCUACAUAUGUGAGAAAGGUCGGGGUAGGGGAAUACAGGAUGCUGAGCAGUAUAUGAAGAAGCAGGUAGAGAAACAAUACCAAACAGAAACAUGGGCAUAGCAAAAAACUAUAUGUGAGUUAAAUCUCAUCCUAUUAAUAUAUACAAAUAGAUUUAUGUGGAGACAUACUUUAUAUAGACUUAAUUUAUGUAAAUUUUCUAUUUUGAAUUGUCCAGUUUCUGUUGAUGAGCCAGUGUAUGAGAUAUACAGUCGCUAUGUAAUUGGUAGAUUAUGAGUCAUGUUUUGGUGCAUAUAUCAUCUCUUAGUAGUAACAUAGAGUGUACAUACUCAGUAUUCUCCCUUAGUUACAGACACUGUAGGAGUUUCAUAGGCAUUUGGCCUCAGUGCUGAAGGGCCAUCUUAUCUCAGGUCAGUUCAAAUCCUGUAGCAGUAGCAUGUGGAUAUAUCAUUGUAACACUGUAAUUCACAGUAUCCACAUACUCCUAUACAAUAAACAGCAGAACUUA